CUAAAUUUUCCGAACAAAAAUACAUUCGCUGAGGUUGUGUGCCGGGAAAUCCGGAUUUUCCUUGGAUUUCUAACAUGAAGUCCUUGCAAUUAGUGCGGUUUUCGGUAGCCCUAAUCCUGGGCCUCGUACUGCUGCCCGAAUUCUGUAUCGCCAACGAGGUUCUCGGCUGUGGGGGAUUCGUAAAAAACGUGGAUUCGAGUAAAGUCGAAGUAGGCCUUUACACUUCGCAGGGCAGUUUGAAGAUCAAAACGGAAUGCUCUCCCUCGAACGGGUAUUUCUUCAUACCCGUUUAUGAUAAAGGAGAUUACGUGUUGAAGGUUAUUCCCCCGCCGGGUUGGAGUUUCGAGCCGGAACAGGUUGCCAUCAAGUUCGACGGCCAGACGGAUCUGUGCAGUCAGGGCCGAGAUGUUAACUUUCUAUUCAAGGGCUUCGGAAUUACGGGUCGCGUGGAGUUCUACGGAGCCGUGGACACAGGAGCCCGCUUUGUGAAGGUAGAACUCGUGGCGGAGGACGGCAAUAAAAUUGGCCAAACGACCACGACUGCGAACGGCGUGUUCUCGUUCACGCCGAUCAAACCGGGACGGUACGUCGUGAAAGCGCAACACCAGAAGUGGCACUUUGUGCAGCCCGAGUAUAAGGUGACGGUGGCAACGGGAAACACGGAAAUCCCCGCCGGUUCACUAGUUGUUUCCGGAUUCGAUGUCGAGGGAGCCGUCUUCAGCGAUGGUCAGCCGUUUGCUAAUGUGGGCUUCCUGCUGUACCCGGCCAAAAAUCAAAAAACGCUCGUGAAAUGCUCCACAGAGAGCAUCCCAGCGAUAGCGAACGCGGGUAACCAGGCAUACGAAUCUAGUGCAGUCUGCUACACGACCCCGAACAAAAACUCUGGCGCCUACUUGUUUGCGGGAGUUUCUCGAGGAAAGUAUCUCAUUCGGCCACACUUUGCUGACAGUAAAAUCAAGUUCCAUAUUCGACCGGAAGAGCUGGAGAUCGAGAUCGGCAGUGAGGCGGUUCGGCUGCGUGAUAACUUCGAAGUGACGGGAUUCAGCGUGUCCGGACGAGUAUUGCGCUCACCGAACGGUGCGAGUGUGGCGAAUGCACGCGUCAAGAUCAACGGACGGAAAGUGGCCGUAACCGGGAAGGAUGGCAGUUACACUCUGCACAACAUUCAGAGCGGCACCUACACUAUCCAGGUGCUGGCCGAUGAUCUGCAGUUUAAGGAUCACAUCGUGAAGGUUUCUCUCGCCAAUCCGUCGUUGCCGGAUGUACUGGUAUCCGGAUUCAAGGUAUGCGGCCAGGUUGUAUCGAAGAAGGCGCACCGGGUGGCAAUUGCUAAGAAGGCUUCAACGAUGAUGGUCGAGGUGACAAGCUCGGAGGGUAGCGGUGAGUGGUGUACGUUCCUUGAAAACGGCCAAUACACGGUGCAGGUGCUGACGGGUGAUGAGGAACGAGCCAGCGGUAUCCAAUUUUUCCCGUUGACUCAAUCGAUCGAAGUGAACUAUGCGCCCGUCGAGGGAAUCGUGUUCUCACAGCUUCGAGCUACGGUAACGGGCGAGGUGCGCUGUCUGGCGGACGGAAAGCGUGAAUGUGGUGAUCUGGCGGUCACACUACAAGCACUCGAUGGCAGCGGCAAUGCCGUCGGGCAGUCCGUGAAGGCAAGCGUAGGAGAGGCUGGAAAAUACAGUUUCCAGAAUGUGCUUCCGGGUAGCUACGAAGUGAGCGUCCCGAGUGGUAAGCUGUGCUGGCAGUCAAACACCGUCAAGAUCAACAUCAAAUCGUCCAAGGAGGCCGUACCAGAUUUCGUGCAAACGGGCUACAUCGUUUCGGUCAUAGCAAGCCAUGGAGCAUCGAUGAGCUACCGGUGGAAGGGUUCCGGCGAAGAGGGAGGCGCAGCAAAGGAGGAAGAGAUCGUACUGACCGCCGGUAUGAACAUGUUCUGCGUGAAACGUGCCGGGCAGUAUAGCAUGCGUUUCGGAGGGUGUCAUCAGUUUGAAAAGUCUACCCCAACCGGAUUCAGUACCAGCGAUUCAGCGCCGAUAACGGUAAACGCGAAAAGCCAUCGGAAUGUGGUAAAACUUAUUGCCGAAGAACAGGAAACCUACCGCGUGAAGGUCUUAAAAGAAGGAGGAUCGCUUAGCGAGAUCGUUGAGUUUGAGCUAACGGGUGCACGAGAUGAUUCACCUAGUGGUGGACACAUUUACUGGAAGGAGUUCUUCCUGGAGCAGGGCGAACGUAUAACGCUGGUACCGCAGAGUGACAUUAUGCUGUUCAGUCCGGAACAACUGGAAGUGACGGGUGGAAACGAUUGUGCCGAUGUCGGAAAAAAACUAAGGGCCACCAAAGGUUUGCUUAUCAAUGGACGUACCAAUCCACCGAUCAAGGAAGCCACAGUUACCCUCACGUUCCCGGAAAACAUGGAAUUUACACCUCAGAUCACAACCACCGAUGAACGUGGCGAGUUCCGUUUUGGUCCGAUCGAUCCAACACUCGCGGUAGAACUGGCUGCGGAAAAGGAAUCUUACGUGUUCUCGGCUUACGAUCGAGCCACCAAUACGUUUGCGGGUCAUAAGCUUUGUGAAAUCAUCGUCACGGUCAAGGAUGACGCAGGUAACCGGCUACCGGGUGUUCUGUUGUCCCUAUCGGGAGCAGAGAGCUAUCGUAAAAAUCUAGUCACCGGUGACGAUGGCACGAUCAAGUUCCAUUCACUCUCGCCCAGUGAAUACUAUCUGCGAGCGAUGAUGAAGGAGUACGAAUUCCAACCCAACUCCAAGUUGAUUGACGUACAAGAAGGUGCGACGGUGCAAGAGGAACUAGUCGGAACGAGGACACAAUUUUCCAUCUUUGGUUCCAUCACUUCGCUCAAUGGCGAACCGUUCCCGAACGUGAUCGUGGAAGCAGCAACUAACGAAAAGUGCGGCAAUGUGUUAGAAGAAGCAACUAGCGAAUUCAACGGACAGUAUCGUAUCCGUGGUCUAACGCCCGGUUGCCAGUAUCGGGUGCGUGUUCGUACCGGUACCGGUCCAACGGCUACGGUCGAUCGUUCGAUUCCACGCGAGCGCGUGGUUGAUAUUGGCAAGGCCGACACCCGGGAUGUCAAUCUGAUCGCCAUCAGCCCACUGGCGUUCGUGGACGUAACCGUUCGAGUGGUUGCAUCCGAGCUGGACUAUUACAAGACACUCAAGAUCGCCUUGUACCGCAAGGGAAGUGAAUCUCCGGUUCACACUCAGCGCAUCGAAUCGCCGCUCAACAUGAAGUCGAAGGUUAAUCCCGGUAUCAUGGUGUUCUUCCCACGCAUUCCGUUCGAUGGCAAGAGUUAUCAUAUCGAGCUGACCUCAACGCUAUCGGACAAGAGCUACCGUUACAAUCUCGCAUCGGUUCCGUUUGUGGCAAAUACUAGCAGUUUCUACGCGGAGAUGCAGUUCGCACCGGUUAUGCGUACCGGUGAUGGUGAUCUCAACCAAAGCUCACUAUCGGCAAUCGUUAUGAUUGCGAUCAUUGGUUUCGUGUUUUUCAAGCAAGAGUUGGCGUUUGAGCUGCUGGAAAUGGCUGGCAGUAAGCUUGGUAGCAUUGUUAGCAGCGCUAUGGGCAACCGUGUGAAGGCGAAAGAGCUGAAGAACGACACUGGCUACAUCGAUGAUCGUGAUAUCGAUGCACUGGCCUCGAAGAUCGAGGGAGGGAAAAAGAAGAAAACCAAAAAAGUGUCCUAAGGAAAAGACGAUAAACCAGUACUACUGUUCGAGUGAAAUUCGAGAAAAUGUGGCAAUUGAAGAAAACGUAAGCCAUUGCAAACGAAUCGUGCGAAACGAUAAACUCAUCCAAUUCACAUCGUAGAACGAGAAGUAGUCUAAAUUGUUUCGAAAUAAAUGAUGGGUGUGGUAGUUAAUACAAAUUGGAUUCGGAUUUUUGCGUACUUUUUUCACUGAAUAGUUGGCAUUGUCUGAAAGAAAUGAAAGACAUCGAAGCAAACAGUUUCAGUUACGUCGUCGAAAAAUGGUGAGCAAUUUAAUUGAAGAAGUAG